AUUAGACCUCCAAUUCAAUCAGAAGCAGCGAGAAUUCAUUCCCCAAUAAUUGUAUUCUCUUGAUCAGUCAAAAAAAGUUGACUGAGGAUCCUGCAUCAUUUCAGUUUUAAGCCGGCCCACGACCCUCUCUUCCCUGCCGUCCCUCAACAUAACAAACAAAUUUUAACUUGUAUACUUCUUAUGGCCAUGCCUAAUUCCACAUCUUACAUGAUUUGGCAGCGAUAAAAUGAGAUUAGAUUUAAUCUCCAGAUUUUUGCUUCAAUGAACCUUGCAAGAAUCAUUUAAGUAAUUUUGAUAAAUUGUUUUGGGCAUGGACUGCAGUGCAUUGCAAUUGCAAAAAUGGCCAUUCUGAGGUUUGGUCCACAAUCGGGUAUUGAAAUUUCCUGCAGCUCUGCACAUAUUAGGAGUAUUCCCAAUCCAAAACACUGUUUUAUGCCAUUUUUUUCUCAAAAUAACGACACCCAUUUGGGACUAGGAAGGAAAACUAGGUCAAGCAUUGCAUUCAAUGGAGAAAGGACAUCUUGGAGACCUAUAAUCCAAAAGAGCCCGAUAUCAAUGGCUAUGGUACUGCGAACAGAGCAACAGAGAAGCCAUGAUAAGGACGAGGACGAGUAUGUUGCAGGGAGAGAUGAACUGUGGCUUGAGAUGAGGAGGGAGGCCGUGAGAGAUGCAGAGGCAGAACCCUCAUUGGCAAGUUUUCUGUAUUCCACCAUACUGGCUCACAGGUCCCUUGAAAGGGCCCUGGCUUUCCAUCUGGGUAAUAAGCUUUCAAACUCCACUCUUUUGAAUUCACAAUUAUAUAAUCUGAUUGCAGAUACGUUCAUGGAAGAUGCCCACAUAAGGAACUGCAUUAGGGCAGACAUUCGGGCCUUUAGGGAGAGAGAUGCAGCCUGUGUUUCAUUGACUCAGUGCAUGCUUAACUUCAAGGGUUUUCUGGCCUGCCAGGCCCACAGGGUAGCCCACAGGCUGUGGAACCAGGGGAGGGUCUCAUUGGCUCUUGCAAUACAGAGCAGGGUGUCUGAGGUGUUUUCUGUUGAUAUACACCCUGCUGCAAGAAUUGGAAAAGGGGUGUUCUUUGACCAUGCCACAGGGCUCGUGGUGGGGGAGACUGCGACAAUAGGCAACAAUGUAUCGAUUCUCCAUCAUGUCACACUGGGGGGCACUGGGAAGUAUGGAGGUGAUAGACAUCCUAAGAUUGGGGAUGGGGUGCUCAUUGGGGCAGGGGCUACUAUUUUGGGGAAUAUUAGGAUUGGUGAGGGAGCUAAGAUUGGAGCAGGUUCUGUUGUGUUGAUUGAUGUGCCUAGCUUUGCUACAGCUGUUGGGAACCCUGCUAGGUUGGUGGGUAACAAGAAGGGGUCUGGUAUGCUGAAGGAGGUCCCCAGCAAGACCAUGGAUCACACUUCAUUUAUCAGUGAGUGGUCUGACUAUGUAAUUUGAUAUUGAUGUGCAUGGAAUGAUGUUGUUUGGCCUUAUUUUCAUAGGAAUUUGUGGUUGUUGUUCCUUGCACAAUAGCAAAUAUCAAAUCCUGCUACACUCUGGUAGAUCCCAAGCAAGACCAGGAUCAGUCUCUAUCAGUGGGCGUUCUAUUCAUUUACAUUAAUUUGGAUGUGUAGAGCAUCAUAUUGAUUUGCCUUAUUUUCAUAGCAAAUUGCUGGUUCUCAUCCAUGUCCAAUUGCAAUGAUCAUUCCCUGUUAUGCUCUGGGAAAUCCCUAGCAAAACCAUGGAUCACACUUCCUUUAUCAGUGACUGAUCUGGCUAUGUGAUUUGGACGCAUUUAUUAUGACAUUGACUUGCCUUAUAUAAUAUGAAAAUACUACUUCUCUUUCUUCGGCAA